UUAUUCAACACCUAACCAUUACUACUAAUGCAUCAUGGGACGGACCACAAUGUCAGAGGUCACAACUAACGCAAUCAUCAACAAGAACAACCAUUGCUCAGUUGCUGUCAGACAAGGUAGGGUGGCCUAUUGCUGAAGCUGAUGACUAUCACACACCAGAAAACUAAGCCAAAAUGGCCAGAGGGAUUCCUUUGGAAGAUCAGGACAGACUACCAUGGCUUCUGGCAUUACACCAAGUCAUUCAAAGGUGGCUUGAUGAAGGUUCAUCUGGAAUAAUUACUUGCUCCUCUCUGAAGAAGAUCUACCGGGAAAUCAUUCUAAAUGGUAAUGUUGGGGCUGAGGAUUUUGCUGAAGAUAAAAAUCCAAGUAGGAUAAAUGGAGCAGCAUUCCCUCCACAGAAUAUCAAAUUUGUCUACUUGAAGGGAGAUAAAGAAACAAUUACUCAACGAAUGCAAAUGCGAACUGGACAUUUUAUGCCUCCCUCAUUAGUUGAAUCACAAUGUUCAGUAUUGAUCAUUACUGAAUUGGUCCAUUUCAACUCUAAGUUUUCCAUAGACAGCACCAUAUAUAUACUAUACAGUAUCAGAGUUGGUGAUUCUGUUAUCACAACAAGCACAGAAGUUAGAAACGUGGGUGUAACUUUCAACUACAAAUGUGACAUGACACCACACAUUAACAGUGUGUAAAUCAUAUUUUAGUCUGCAACGAAUAUCUAAGAUUCUUCACCUUAUUGACAGCAAGCAAACAAGAGCUACUCAUCCAUGCAUUUGUGACUUCUAGACUGAAUAUAUUUCAUAAUUGUUCUUUGAGCAGUUUUCAUAAAGUAAAAUUAAUCAAGGACACAGUGACAGCUAGUCGCAAAAAUAUUAUAAACACUUGUCAUUAAUGAUUUAAAAUCGUGACAUGUAAAAUUUGUUUUUCAAUAUCUAGUGAAAUAAACUCAUAUAUUGCCAGUAAAAAUAUCGUGACAUGUAAAAUUUGUUUUUCAGUAUCUAGUGAA